GAAAUAUGUAUGUAGGUACUGAGAUUAAUCUGUAUUGAAAUGAGUCAAGAAAUAUUUUGUAUUUGUUGACUAAUUAAUAAAGUGGCUUUGUUCUGCGUUUUUAAAAACAAAUCGAAUUAUUACCCGAAGUAAGGAAACAAAAAAAUGAUUCAAUCGGAUUAUCCAUCAGUUAUGGGCCUGUUGGCUCAUCUAAAUUCUAAUGAACUCAAAGAAAUGCUCAAUGAUGAUGCUAAAUUUGAGUCUGUGCUAAAGGAUGUUAAACAGGUCAAAGAUUGGGACACUGAGAAAGAAAUGUUCAUAGCAAGUAAUAGAUCACUAGCAGAGUUUAAUUUGGGAAAAGAACCAGAGUUAGAGAGAAUGAAAGCUGAGCUACAAGAGAAAUCAGAAUUAGGGGAACAGCUCUGUACCCGUAUUCAAGAAUUACUAGAUGAUUAUAAAACAAAAUCUGCUGGAAUAUCACCAGAUACAACUCAUGCACUUCUGCAAACAGCAGCAGCAGAAUCAGAAGAACAGUCAGAUAACAUUGCAAGAGACUUUUUAUCUGGAAAAAUGGGUGUUGAUAAAUUUCUAGAAGAUUUUGAACCCAUCCGUAAACAAAUGCAUAUAAGGAAGUACAAAGCCGAGAAAAUGUCAGAAUUGUUGAGAAACAGCAAUCAGAAUGCAUAUGGUAAUGGUGCUACAAAACCAUACUUACCAUAUUCCAAUUAUUUACCAUCACAGAAUCCACAAAGUCUGCCCUACCCUGUAGGACCCCUUAACAUGCCUAUGCCUGGAAUGUACGGAAAUCAUUUCUGAAAUAUUCUAAUAUUUCUGUUGUGUGUUCAAGAUGUUUAUUCAUAAUGAUAAUGUUAUCUUAAUUUAGUGGCCAUUAAAGCACCUAUGUGUUGAUUAUAUUAUUUUAGGAUUUUAAUGAAGUUUCCAGUUUGCAAAGUCAAUUAUAUGUUAUCAAUAUCUAAACAAAAUUUGUUUGAUAUAGAUGUCCAUCUGCUUACCAUUGGUGCUUACCAUUAUUUAAAAUGUGAUUGUACAUAAUAAACUUAAAAAAAAUACCAUUUUAAAAUUCAUCAUGUAAGGAAAAUAUAAUAAAAAAUACACCAAUUUAUGUAUAUCAAAGAAACUUAAUGAAA